AUGCCUAUGAACCAUGACACAUCGAUCGCAUCUGGCGACAGAGGAGCUAGUCGGUGGACACUGCAUCCCGAAUAUGACCCGGAUCCUCAUUGGAUAACAAUUGCAGAUGGUGAUCGGCACUGGCGGCGGGCAAGUAUCAAGGACGAGUUGCAAGGCCUGCAACAAUUAUCGUCUGAGAAGGCAUUAAGCCAGCUAGCAGACUUGCUAGAUAGGGAAGAUGGGCCAUGGCCGUUCCAGGAUCUUCUUCGAUGCUAUCAAAGAGUUUGGAAAGGGCUGCCGGAAAUAGCCAAGGAUGGCAGCUCCCCGGAGUGGACCAUGGCUAUCGACCACGUGCAGCACCGAUUGAAAUGUGUUACGCCCCAUAUCACGGACUUGAUAUCCGGUAACUUGCUGCAGCGAUCACUCCUUGACCCCCAGUCAGGCCGGGAGAUAUCCCACGCGAAGGUGCGGCAAUUCAAUGAGGAUUUUGACCUGAAGCUACCGGGCUUGAUCACUGAUAGGAAGGCGCGAGUGGCGGUUGUUCUCCCCAAUGGGCUACUCCUGGCUUUGGCCUCACUUGCUAUAGCGCAUAGCUAUACGCUCGUGCCGAUAGCAUAUACAGCAGCGUCGGAGGAGCUGAUGGCCGAUGUGAAUACGGCUCAGGCCGAAGCCAUGCUCGUGCUUGAGGGCGAUGUACCACGAUUCAAGAAUAUGCCAAGCUUGCUCAUCUACACCGUCCAACCUUUGGACGACCUGACCUUUGAUGUCUCUUCUGUCAAUCAAGCAGGCGUACCCUGUUCGGCUAAGCCGGCCCCAAAUGGUCCCGAUGAUCUCGCUAUUAUUCUGGCCACGAGUGGGACCAGUGGCACCAAGAAGUUAGUUCCGAUCAGCAUGUUCAAUCUCCUGGUCAUGGCAACGUUCACGAUGGAUAGUCUCAGAUUGACCCCUGAGUCUCGCGGUUUGAAUAUGAUGCCGCUUCGUCAUGUUGGCGGCAUGAUGCGCAGCUUGUGGGCUCCCCUUGUGGCAGGUGGCACCACCAUCUGUUGCCCAUAUUUUGAUCCGAAUAUGUUCUGGGACGUGGUGGAACAAUACCACCCAACGUGGUACUACGCUGCGCCGACAUUACACGAAAUGAUAGUGGCUGAGGCGGAGCAUCGAACUAACGCCAUUAGCAGAAGCACUAUAACAUUCAUCUGCAACGGGGCGGCAGGAUUAUCCCCAAGUCUUGCAGCAAAGCUGCAAAACAUAUUUCGAUGCACAGUAUCACCUAGUUAUGGGAUGACUGAAUGUGUACCCAUCACUGCACCACCACCAGACUGUGACGCCAAUCGGACUGGCAGUUCAGGUCUCGCUGUUGGGCCAGAGCUGGCCAUUUUCGAUACCCAACAUCCGCAGCAACAUGCCCCUCCUGGCUCAGUGGGACGGAUCUGUAUCCGAGGGCUGCCACUAUUCCCGGGAUAUCUCACUCCCCGCGGGCUCGAUCGGAGCUCAUUCAGCAAUGGGAGCUGGUUUCAUACGGGCGACCUCGGACAUGUCGACGAGGACGGAUGGCUUUACAUCACCGGGCGUACCAAGGAAAUCAUCAAUCGCGGAGGGGAGACCAUCUCGCCAGUAGAGGUCGAAGAUGCCAUCAUGUCCGCGGCCCAAGAUCCCUCGUCCAUUAUCUUCGGCCGUGUCAGUGAUGCUCUAGCAUUCUCCACCCCUCAUGAUGUCCUGCACGAGGUUGUCGGCGUGGCAAUUGCUCUCAAGGACUGCCUUCACCAGCCAAAGUGGCCCGCCGUACUGGUCUACAUGGACGCUCUGCCCCGAUCCCAGAGUAAGGUACGGCGCAUCGACCUCAGUCAGCGAUUGGGGUUGCAGACACUGACAGACCACAUCGCGGCCGCCGAGCGUCACUACGAAGCGGAUUGUCCGCCGGUGAACACGCCUCUCCAUUGCCCUAUCCCUCAUAGAAGAUGUGAGAUAGACCCGCGUGGGGUUGAGGCAUAUCUGGUCCAAGCGUCCGGCAUGUCCGAGAUUCUCCUGCGGGCCCAUGCGGUGGAUGGAUACCCGCGGGCAAUCCUCUUUCGGGACGGAAGAAGCCAAAUUAGAGGCCAUGAUAUCCUCGCCCUCCUCCCAGACCUCAUGCACGGGUAUCUCAUCCCGAGCACCCUGGAAGUGGUGAAUGGUCCCAUUCCGCGAGACACCCACGGGGUCAUCGAUGAGGCUGCCGUGCAAGCCAAGCUCCAUGCCCUAUACCCCGCCGCCAGCUCACCUAUCCAGCAGCAAGUGUCGGAUCUCUUCGCCGCGGCGCUUAAUAGCACUCCUGAGGACAUGACGCCCGCUACUGACUUUCUCGAGUCCGGAGGGGACAGUCUGAGAGCCGGCCGGCUCAUCUCUCAGCUCCGACAGGAGUUCCAGGCUCCUCUCGCAGUGGAUGCGCUGUUUCGGAGCAGAACCAUUGGCGCCAUGACGGCCGUCAUUAAAGCAGCAACUGCGGACCUGGUCAGGCACAAGGCUAGCAUUGACGAAUUGGCGGUCCAAUUGGCCAUGGGAUUUAUCUGCCCCCUGCUGGGCAUCGCCCUGAAAUGGCUGCUUGUUGGUCGAUACAAGGCUGGUAUGUAUCCGAUGUGGGGACCAUAUCAUAUGCGAUGGUGGUUGACACAGAAGGUGCUGCAAGUGUGUGGCAAGGGUGUUUUCAACCGCUAUAACUGGAGCCGAGUACUGUACUACCAGGCCCUGGGCACACAUAUUGGGCGGGGCGUGCAGAUUGACGAAUCCACGGCCCUGGGUGAAUAUGAUCUCAUUCACAUCGGGGACGGGGUCGUGCUAGAGCAUUGCCUCUGUCGGCCGUUUGCUAGUGAGCGGAAUACGUCUAUGUUGCUACAGUCCAUUUCCAUCGGAGCCAACUGCUAUGUGGGCAUCCGAUCGAGCGUUGUGCCAGGGACCACACUGCUUCCCGGCACCUGUAUUGGGCCCAACUCAUGUACCUGGGAGGUCGACGAUGCCGACGAGUCUCACCGGGAUCUUGCCUCUGCCCAUAUCCCACAGCCGCACUGGAUCUGGCAAAUAUUGGUCGUGACACCGAUGGAGAUCGUCGUCGCUUUUGCGUCUGCACUGCCGCGCCUAGCAGGACUGCUCCCCAUCGUGAGUCGAUAUCCGACCAUAGGCGAAGACCGGCUGCGACACACCGUCUUAUGGCUUACGAAUUCAACCCGGAUCGGCUACUUCCUUCUGAUGCGGCUUUACUCGUCCCUCGCGGGCCCCAUCAUAUGGUUUCUAACGGUCGUUGCCGUGAAGCACGCGUUAGAUGCGGUCUGUGGCCGACCACAGCGUGGCUCUUAUGGUCAGCUCCCAUCGGCCCAGCGGGUGCGACACGCGGUCGUCGAGGCCAUUCUUCCGCUGGGGGAUAUCUCCCAGUUGGCUCGGAUUGUCGGGCCGCACUAUGAGCUGGUAUCGGUGGCGGUGCGCAUGCUGGGCGGGCGAGUGGGGAAACGCGUCUACUGGCCCCGAACUGGGCUGAAGCUGACGCCGGACUUUGACCUGGUCGAUAUUGGCAAUGAUGUGGUGUUUGGGUCCCAGUCGUAUUUGAUCACGGCGGACGGGACGGGGAGGGAGCCCAUCGUCAUCGGGGAUGGGGCCAUGCUGGGGGACCGGGCUGUGGUGCUGCCGGGGGUCACGGUUGGGACGCGCACCAUGGUGGGUUCGGGGUCAUUGCUGCGCCGCAAUGGGCUCUACCCGGAUGACAAUGUGUGGACAGGCAGCAAGCACGGCGAUGCGAUUCGCUUUCCGCAGAUCAAGGGAACCUUUUACCAAGGCCUAGCCAACUAUCAUGUGCUGGGGAUGGGAUCCAUCCUUGGAUACUCCAAUCUCGUCGUGGCCUUCACCGCAGUGUAUUCCAUGGUGGUGCCCCUGGCAGGAUUGUUCGUCUUGGGCCGUCUGCUCCAAACUGAUCUGCUGGCCUUUGAGAUGCGGUGGUGGCGCCCCUUUGCCGUGUACGGGAUGCUGGCCACGGCCAUGGCCGCGGUAACGUUAGUACAGACGGUCGUAUCCCUAGCAAUGGUCAUUGCCACCAAGUGGCUCCUGCUGGGUCGACGGCAGGAGGGCUCGUACCCCAUCAUGGACGACUCUUUCGGAGGAAUCGGCAUCCUGCCAUCACUCGGUGGCACGGCGUAUCUGUGCUGGUUCUACCGGGCCAUGGGGGCCACGAUCGGGGCGGAUUGCGCGUUGGCUGCCAAUGGCGAUCCGCACAUUUUGCUCACGGAGCCGGACCUGGUCACGUUGGGAGAUCGGGUCACGGUGGAUGAUGCCAGUCUGUUUGAGCUGCAUCUGCUGCGGGUGGGAGAUCGGAGUGUCCUGCGCACGGGGUCGCGGUUGCUGUCGGGGGCGUCCAUGGGGGCAGAUGCGUGUUUGCUAGAGCAUACAUUGGUCUUGUCCGGGGAUCAUGUUGACGACGGGGGUACAAUGCAGGGCUGGCCAGCUGAGCCGUUCAUGGGGGACCGGUUGAGGCGUAGUUAA